GAUGGUCUUGUUCGCGUUCCAUCAUGGUUACCGGUUCGACUCGGAUGUGAAAUUCAGCUUGCUUCACUCUCAAGCUGUCUUGUCUCACUGAAAUCAAUCAACGCGGCAGUGCUAACUGCCGUAUCCAACGGCAACAAAUCUCGUUCACAUACCUGAUCUUUCAACUCUAAAUGCCCAUCGUUACUGUCGUCGAUUUUUUUACGACCAAAUUUGAUUACCUAGUAGUAGGUGGAGGAACUGCAGGACUUGUCGUUGCUGCUCGGCUCUCUGAGAAUCCGGACUGUAUCGUAGGGGUUGUUGAAGCCGGGGAGUACCAUGAACAUGACGAUCUGGUAAAUAUUCCCGGAAUGAUGGCAAGGGCUCUGCACGAUCCCAAAUAUGACUGGAACUUCCAUACUGUUCCUCAGAAGUUCGUCAACAAUAGGCAGUUGUCCCAGUCUCGAGGGAAAGGGCUUGGUGGAUCUUCUCUUUUGAAUUUUUUUGCUUCCGUUCGCCCGUCCAAGGAAGAGAUAGAUGCUAUAGAGAGUCUAGGCAACCCUGGAUGGAACUGGGAAAAUAUGCUUCACUACAUGAAGAAGAGUGAACAUCUGGAGACUCCUACGUUGACAGAUGAGGAAGCCACAGCGUAUUCCGUCGUCCCAGAUACUGCCUUACAUGGGACCGAAGGGCCCAUCGCAAAAUCUUUUCCGCCUCAUGUUACAAAGGUCCACACGCAACUCCUUGAUACUCUCGAGUCUUUAGGCAUUCCGCGUAAUCUAGACAAUAGUAACGGUCAUCCAGUUGGAUCUCUACUUUUCCCAACGUCGGUUGAAGCAAAGACUGCGACUCGUUCCUAUUCGGCUUCUGCUUACUACGCUCCAAAUGCCGAUCGGUCUAACUUGCUGAUUUUGACGAAUGCUCACGCAACCAAGGUCAAUCUUACGAAGACAGAGAGUGGUCGCUAUCAGGCCACCAGCGUAACUUUGGUGAAGGACGGGCUGACCAAAAGUGUGCAUGCUUCGAAGGAAAUAAUUUUAUCAGCUGGCUCUUUUCAGACCCCUCAGCUCUUAGAAUUAUCGGGAAUCGGACAGGAGCGACUUCUUCAGUCAUUUGGUAUUGAGUGUUUGAUUGAUCUACCAGGAGUUGGCGAGAACCUUCAGGAUCAUGCAUUAACACACGUCAUCGUGGAAGUAGAUGAGGACGUGGAAACCUUGGAAGUUCUUUCUGAUCCCGCGAAAUUGAAGGAGCACGAGGAACUCUAUAAAAUCCAAAAAGGGAUCUUCGCUGGUGUUCCAUCUGCCACUUUUGCCUUUUUCCCCGCAGAAAGUAUAGCUACGACCAAUGAGGUCGAAACAUGGAUAUCUAGGGCGAACCUAGAGAGUGCGAGAAACACAUUGGACUACCUGGAUUCCAGCGUCAGGGAAGGAAUGAAGAAACAAUUCGGAUUGUUGGCUAAUUGGAUUAGAGACGCAACCCAGCCCAUGGCUCAGAUUUUGUCUUUAAAUGGCCACAUGCCGAUACCCGGAAUGAAUAUCGACCGUCAAAAACGCUACCUUACCCUCCUUUGUGCUUAUACCCACCCAUUCCACCGAGGAAGCGUUCAUAUUAUGUCGGUCGACCCGCUCAUGCCACCCGCAAUCGAACAAAACUACCUGUCGAAUCCAAAUGAUCUUGACGUUCUAGUGAAAAUUCUCGCAUUUGUUACAAACAAGUUGUGCCAAACCUCUCCGAUCAAGGAUACCAUCAAGUCCACUGUGGUACCGCCGUUCUCUGCUGAGGCUGGUGAUGAGACUAUGGGGGAGUAUAUCCGGAAUACUCUGACGACGGUGCAUCACCCUGCCGGUACGGCUUCUAUGGUUCCUCGCAGCAAUGGUGGCGUGGUAGACAGCAAUCUCUUGGUCUAUGGAACGUCGAAUUUAAGGGUUGUCGAUUGCUCUGUGAUACCUUUGCAACUAUCAUCCAACAUCCAAACGUUGGCCUAUGCCAUUGGAGAAAAGGCAGCAGAUAUAAUCAAAGGUCAGUGAUAAGUAUAGUAACACUGGUAGAUGUAUCAUUUGGUGUUCUCUCUACGAUGUGUCAAGAAAUAGUCUCCACAUUCCGAACAUGAUAUUGGCUAUGAAACCUAUCACGAGGCCAACUUGCAUCGGGCGCCUAAAUAACAAUCA